CCUGGACUCUCGGAAAAAUGCGGUGAAAAAGUGAAAUCUGAACAAGCUAGCAUUUUGAAUUGGAAAGUUGUUGGGUUUUUCCACUAUUCUUCUUUGAAGGAACUAGUAUUCACCGAUGAGCCUUUAGAAGAAACGGAUGAUGAGAAGGUUGGUGAAGAAGAAGAUCAAGAAGAUGAAAAUGAAGAAGAAGGUGAUAGUCAAGUAGAAGAUGAGGAUGUAAAACUUUUUCGCAAAUUGAAGGUGUUGGAAGAAUUUUCAAAAAAAAAGGAUGAAAUUGAAGGGUUAAUGAGAAGUGUUAGAGGCAUUGAGGCCACACUUGGUGAGGUCAAAGACAUGUUAUCUAAGGAGAUGGGGUUGGUUCUGCAUGCCAAACAGGAGGUGUCCACUGAAGAGAAGGAAGUGCCCGUUGUCAGCAAGGAUAGUGUGAAGCAUGAUUCCAAGCACUAUAAUGUGAAGCCUGAUUCUGUUCAAGAUAAUCAGUGUACUUAGCAUGACAUGCCGGAAGUGGACAUCGAAGAGAAGGCUCAGAAAGAGGAUGAAGUCCAAAGUGGAGAGCCUGAUUUGAAGCAUUAUUCCAUUGAAGACAUGCAGGGAAGCCAGCAUGGCACUCCGAACGUGCAUGAGUCUCAUGAAGAUGAUC